GAGUUGUAUAUACGCAGUAGUAAAGCAAGCAGAUACCAUCUCAAACAUUGGGAAACAUCAAACAGCAGCAACACUUAACUUUUGCACUUUCUAUUUCUUCGAUUUUGCAUUCAAGAAGAUUUUAAAAACUGGCCGACUUUGAGAUGCGAGUCUAGACCUGAUCCGGCCGUAUUCAUAUUAGAAUCCUGUCUAGUCGGUAAGCCUCAUCAUGGCACGCAUAGCACCUAGGACGUCUGUUGCGCCUGAGAGGUUGAAGACUCUACUUCCCUCUCUGAAGCCAACCGUUUACCAUGACCCAAGUGCAAGUAAGGCCCAAGCAAACAUCCGCACGAUUGCCUGGAAUCCCCUGGGGACCUACAUUGCCACUGGUUGCGUGGACAAGACACUGCGAGUUUGGAACGCGGACAAACCCAAUGUUCGUCAAACAACAGAACUGAAAGGUCAUACCGCGUCUAUUGAAAAGGUUGCUUUUCACCCUGUAAAGGAGCUCGAGUUGUGCAGCGUGAGUAGCGAUGGUGUGGUCAGGUUCUGGGAUGUCAAGACCAAGCAAGUCUUAAAUGAAGUCAAAGGUUUAGGAGAAACGUAUACCUUGGCUUGGGCACCCAAAGGCGAACGUGUUGUAGUCGGAAACAAGGAGGACAAACUCUUUGUUAUUUCACCCACUCAAAGUACCCCGAUUUCAUCACAUCAACAAACCGUCCAGACGAACAAUAUCGCGUUUUGCUGGAGCGGACAGAGGAUAUUUGCUACUACUGGAGAAGGCAAGACGAGAAUCCUCUCAUUCCCCGACUUCGAGCCUGCUUAUAAAUUCGACUACAAGGAAGGACCAGAGGCCGAGUUCGUAUUAACCGGCCAUACGUCGUCCUGUAUCACGGUUGAGCUACAUCCGUUCAAUCGAUAUCUAGCCACAGGUGGAACUGACUCACUAAUUGCGCUUUGGGAAACGACUGAAUGGAACUGCCUUAGAACCGCGACUAAGAUGAGCGGUCCAGUCCGCAGUCUAAGUUUCUCGUGGGACGGUCUUUACAUAGCGGGAGGGAGCGACGAAGGUUCCGGCUUAGAAAUCUUUAAUUCCGAGACAGGGGAACAUCUCUGUACUUACAAAACCGCGACACCUUCUCCAGUCGUAGUUUGGGCUCCAAAUCGGUAUGCGCUCGCCUACGCAGAUUCAGGAAGUCUACGAGUAAUAGGCGCAAGCACCGGAGGGAAAUAGGAUGACCAGGACUCCGGGUUAUCACUCUCGUUGACGCAAUUGAGGUCUCGAAAUCGACAAUGAUUAUAUGGGGAUGUAAGGUCUACGCCACAUGCCUCCCCAUUCCCUACGAUUAGGGAGGUAUUAUUAUGUAUGCAAUUACUUGGCAUACCUACAUCGAGCACCGCCUACAUUUAUUAUGAGAGAUGAUUAUUAGUCUACCAGUUGGUUGACCCAAAAUGAGGCGGUGCAAAAUAAAGAUAGUUUCGUCGAAAGAUGAGGCCUUUAGGAGAAUAGACUCCGCUAAUUCGCAGAAGCUUGCUGCACCAGAAUACCUAAUACAGAGAAGGAAAGCUUAUGCACGCCUACCUGCGUCUGCUGCGUGUGCCCGCACAAGUAUCAUGGAUG